AUGGAUUUUUCCACAAAUAAAUUCUCGGGUAAUAUUCCAAGCGCUUUAGGGAAUCUCCAAAUGCUCACUUACCUGAAUCUUUCAAGCAAUUCGUUUACCGGCCCCAUUCCAGAAUCCUUGGGUGGUUUGAUAAGCAUAAACAGUUUGGACCUAUCCUCAAAUGCCCUUGUAGGUACGAUUCCAAAGUCUCUAACGAGACUUCAUUAUCUUGUUAACCUAAAUCUAUCGUACAACCAGUUACAAGGCGAAAUCCCACAAGGAGGAGCAUUUGACAAUCUCACAGCUGAAUCUUUCAUGGGAAACACCGCCUUGUGUGGAGGGAGAAAAUUCGGUUUACCGCCUUGCACAACUACCGCCGGUCCAGAAUCAAGAAUCAAAAGGAAUUUGCUUAAAUUCCUUCUUCCAACAAUUGCAGCAGUCGUCAUCUUUUCAGCUGGCCUCCUCCUACUACUCAUGUUUAAAAGAAAAAAGAUUAAGACAACUACUACUGUUAAUCAGUUGGAUGUGAAAAACCACAGAAGAAUUUCGUACCAAGAGCUUAUUUAUGCAACCGACAAUUUCAAUGAGACAAACUUGCUCGGUUCAGGAAGUUUUGGGUUGGUCUACAAAGGUCGGUUGGAUGAUGGACUGCUCGUUGCCAUUAAAAUACUGAACCUUCAAUCGAGCAAAGCGUCGGCAAGUUUUGAUGCAGAAUGCGAAGUACUGAGCACUGCCAAGCACAGAAAUCUAGUUAAGAUUAUAAGCACGUGCUCUAGCCCAGAGGUCAAAGCCCUAAUUCUUCAAUAUAUGCCGCAAGGGAGCCUUGAGAAAUGGCUAUAUUCUCAUAACUACUACUUAAACCUGAAUCAGAGAAUUCACAUUAUGAUGGACGUGGCGCUUGCACUGGAAUAUCUGCAUCACCAUUGCCCGAUAGCUGUGGUGCACUGUGAUUUGAAGCCUGGUAACAUACUCAUGGGUGAGAACCUUUCAGCGCGUUUGAGUGACUUUGGCAUAUCGAGGCUGCUUUCUGAGGAUGAUUCUUGUGCUAUAUUAACGAGCACCCCAGGCACGAUCGGCUAUAUGGCUCCUGAGUAUGGACAAGCUGGUAAAGUAUCAACCAGCGGUGAUGUCUACAGCUAUGGCAUUCUAUUGUUGGAGACCUUUUCAAGGAAGAAGCCUACAGAUGAGAUGUUUGCGGGAGAAUCGAGCUUACGACGAUGGGUUUCUGAGUCCUUUCCAAAUGCAAUAGAAAAUGUUGUCGACAAAAAUCUUCUCAAAUAUGAAGUGAACAUCGACGCUGCCAACGGUGAUAAGAUGAAUGCGGAGGCUGCGAGCUUGGACUACCAGUGUUUGUUAUCACUCCUAGAACUGGGCAUAUCCUGCUCAAGAGAAUCACCAAAAGAAAGGCCGACUAUGGAAGAUGUUGUGGUGAGACUGAAGAAGAUCAGAAACCAUAGAGCUUAACCGAAAAGGGCUCAUUCUUAUCAACUCUUGAAGAAGUUAUCGAUUUAUAUAUAAUUGCAUGAGCUGGUGUUAUAGGAAGUAUUCCUUUUAGCAUUUUAUCAGUAAAUUUGAGCUCACUAGUCUACAAUAA